CCAAUGUUAAUCAGCCUUAACGAGAGGACCGUCAAAUUCUCCAGAGAAUGUGUGCAGAAAACCUCAGACAACAAGUACCUAGUCAUGCACAGAGAGGAGAACCAGAGCGUCAAAUUCCUGUGUAUGCAGUUCCUGCAGCGGGGGGAGAACAUCGUGCAGAUUAAAACAUCAGACCUAUUUCAGAAGCAAACGAUCGACAUCUGCGAUGACGCUGGCAUGGCCUUAGAUCCAUUUCCUUUGGUGAACUCCGGACAGACUCCAGAUACACACAUGAGCUGCCCGUUCACAGGUGGCUACAAUAUGAAAGUCUACUACCCAGACGACAGUAUCGUCUGUAUGACCAACAUGCUGCUCAUGAGGAUGGAGAGUGAGUGUGACAGAGGCGAGGGCAUCACUUUCGACUUCAGGAGCGAUGAUUGCGUCCCCAAGGAUCUUCCGGCAAAGACUCACAGACGACUUCGAGCUCGGUGUGUGGCCCAUUGGACACAAGACAGCUACACCUUCAUUAUCCUGCAGCACAUGGAUGUGAAAACCCAGUGGUUCUGCCUGCGGACGACUGAUCCCUUGAGCGACAUUCGGAACGCUUACCUGUGGCUCAAAGUCAUAUGUGACACUUCAGAGAUACCUUCCCCAGAAGAUGAACUGGAGAUGUGCGCGGGAAAUAGCCACAACUGCUUCAAUCAGUACAAGCGGCACUGCGCGCACACUUGUGGCCAGUGCAUGUCUGAGAACCACAUGGGAACCUGCACGUUCGAUGAACAGUACAGGGGCAAGUGGAUGGAGAGUCGUAACAAUACAGAACACGUUCUGGACAUACAGGCCUACUCUCUGGUCUCUGACAAUACCGGUAGGUACGACUGCUUCAAUCUAGACAGUCACAAGCUGCCACACAAGAAAGUUCUACUGGAACUCAACAACAAUGGCUGCUUCCCGCGCUAUACUUGCGUGGAAAUGGCGAAGAUCACUUCAUCAGUGAUGAAGUUUCGUUUUGGAGAUAGGCUGACCUGGCCUUUAAUGACCUUGAAGAAUCAAAAAGAGGAAAUCUGCAAAGAUGAACACUUCAAAGAUCGGCAUAAUC